GAAGAUGGCUGCCGCGUCUACCGGCCCUGCCGAUGGGAUUCUGAUCGGGGACAAGAUGUACUCGGGCGUCCUGAUCUCUCUGGAGAACUGUCUGAUUCCUGAGGAGAAGUGCGCCCUCACUCCUUCCAUAGUGGAUGGCUUGGAUCCAGACACGGAGACGGACCUGCGCUGUGUGGGCUGCGAGCUCAUCCAGUCAGCCGGCAUUCUGCUGCGGCUUCCACAGGUUGCGAUGGCUACAGGACAAGUAUUAUUCCAAAGGUUCUUCUAUUCAAAGUCGUAUGUAAAGCAUUCAAUGGAGCAGGGUGUUGUGUUCUCUUUUUAGCACGUUUCAAUGGCCUGCGUCCAUUUGGCGUCCAAGAUUGAAGAGGCACCGAGGCGCAUUAGGGAUGUGAUCAACGUGUUUCAUCGCCUUCGACAGUUAAGGGAGAAGCAGAAGCCGUCACCUUUGGUGUUGGAUCAGGAGUAUGUGAACUUGAAGAACCAAAUAAUAAAAGCCGAGAGGAGGGUCCUAAAGGAAUUGGGCUUUUGUGUGCAUGUGAAACACCCUCAUAAAAUAAUUGUAAUGUACCUGCAAGUUUUGGAGUGUGAACGCAAUAAGCAUCUGGUCCAGACUUCAUGGAAUUACAUGAAUGACAGCCUCCGCACUGAUGUCUUUGUGAGAUUUGACCCUGAAACAAUCGCAUGCGCCUGCAUUUAUCUGGCGGCAAGAACGCUGGAGAUAUGCCUCCCAAAUCGUCCUCACUGGUUUCUUUUGUUUGGUGCUUCUGAAGAAGACAUUCGGGAGAUCUGUCUUCAUAUUUUAAGGCUGUACACUCGGAAGAAGGCUGACUUGACGGAUCUGGAAAGUAAAGUUGAUAAAAGAAAGCUGAUGCUUGAGGAAGCUAAAGCUAAGGCAAAAGGGUUACUGCCUGAUGGGACUCCUCGUAUCGACAAUGUCCCAGAGUUCUCGCCCAAUGUGAAAAAUGUUUCUCCUAAGGAAGGGAAAUCGGGCAGGCCGUCACCUGUCUCUUUACAUGCACUGAAAAAUGUCAAAAGAAAAGUAGAGGACUCAAAAGGGACCACAUCAUCGAGCCCCGUAAAUGGUGUUACAAAAGGAAGAGAAAGCAGAAGUGGUAGUAGAAGCAGAGACCACAGCUACUCCCGUUCUCACUCGCGAUCUGUGUCUCCUAAGCGCAGGAAAAGUAAAAGCUACUCUACCUCCAGCGGUUCAAAAUCUCGCAGUCAUUCUAGAAGUCGAAGCGACUCUCCACCUCGAAAAGCAAACCAUGGCUCCUACAAAAGUUCCAAAAGCCAGUUAUAUGCUAAGGGUAAGGACUACAAAUACACUGGACAUAAAAGAAGAUCCCGGAGCAGAAGCUCCUCCCCUCACAGCCGCUCACAUGGAAGUCCAGACUCUGGAAAAUACAAGAAGAAAAGUCACUACUACCGUGACCGUCGGCGGGAGCGUUCCCGGUCUUACGAGAGAGUGCCUCAUCGGCACUAUGACCGUGAUUACCCGGGUCACAGUCAUCACCGAAGAUGAAAAUACUGCUACAGUUACUUCUGAUAUUUUGACUUCCACCUAAUAUGGAUCAUAAUCAACGAUAGAAAUGUGGAGAAACUGACCUUCCAGUCGGCAAUCAGAUUACAUAUUGGUGCUAAUUGACCAACUGAGACUAUAGUGUUUUUUGUUUUUGUUUUUUUUCUUCUGCCCCAGUGAUUAGAAUGGAAUAUCUGACUGGGAGAGACGUUCUGGUUUACAGCCCACAUUUUGAAGAAAGACAUUUUAGAAGGAAGUUGAACCACGCAUAGGCUGUCUGUAAAUCGUCGAACUACAUUAUAGGUGUAAAAGUUUUAUUAUAAUAGACCUAUAUUAGGUCACAACUGAAUGUUUUUUGAUUUUUUUUUUUUUUUUUUUGUCACGGAGCAUGGCCUUAGCGUUCUGAACAUAUGUAAAUAGCUACAUGUUACAUGUCUCCGAUGAGUGUGCAGGACAUUGUCAGUAUAGGUGUGAUGUACCUCGACACGUCUGUACAAUAGAUCAUUUUAUACCUUUCCAUGCCCGUGCCGGACACGUGCAGUCACUCGUACUGUCUUAUGACUUAGACGUACAUGAAAUUCUACUCAGGAUAUUUGAUAGCUCAAAUAUAUUGAAGAUUUGUCUUUCUGCUUGUUUACCAGAUCUACCAUGAAAACCAACCACAGCCAGGCCGUAUCAGUUUUAUUGGUAUAUCCAAGCUGUAUUCUUCAUUAUUCAUUAAAGUAUUGGAUUUUAUAUUUAAA